AUGUUUCAAUCUUCAAAAAAAUUAAAACUAAGUAAAACAACUCGAUACCGCCAACGCAUUUCUGCAUCAGCUGUUGCUCAUAAAUUGUUUAAUACCUCAUCUUCAUCAUCAUCUAUUGAAUCGAUUCCUAAUUUAAAAGAAACCGAAUUUAUAUAUAAUCAAAAUGCUGCUGUUAAUAAUCAUUCUAGUGGCUCUUCCGAUUUAAAUAAUUUUGAUGGAUAUUCUUCAAAUUAUGAACUUGCAACUUCAUCAAGCCACAAUAACAGUUACAAUUUUUCUUCAGACUCGUAUCAAUUUAGCAACACUGCAGACAACCCUUCUAUAUUUCUAUCAAAUUGGGCACUACGCCAUUCUAUUCCACAUACAGUUUUGAAUGAUCUUUUAAUGUUUUUAAGAACAUUGCCAGGAUUAAAUAAUCUUCCUAAAGAUGCUAGAACAUUACUAAAAACUCCAACUACGACUCUAAUUAAAUCAAUACAUGGAGGAGAGUAUCAUCAUUUGGGUCUCAAUCGUGAAAUAAAAUCAUUAUUACUAAGUGGUAUUGAUAUACCAUUGACCUUAGAAUUGACUGUUGGAAUUGAUGGUUUACCAUUAACAACAAACCCAUCAAGUCAACUAUGGCCAAUUUUGGGUUGCUUUACAAAUAUUAACGUUAAUAAUCGGCAAAAUGUAUUUAUGAUUGGUGCAUUUUAUGGAAAGUCUAAACCUGGGGAUUCAAAUGAAUACUUGCGAGAAUUUGUUGAUGAGCUAAAACAAAUUACAAAUGAAGGGAUUGUUUACAAAGAUAAAGUAGUAAAACUAAAAAUGCACGCUUUGAUAUGUGACGCCCCGGCAAAGGCAUUUGUUCUAAAAAUACGGGGACAUAAUGGCAAGAACUCUUGUCCACGUUGUAUUGGUCAAGGAAUAUGGUCUAAAACACAUACUCGAACCUAUUUUCCCAAUUUAGAUUCUCCACUUCGAACACAUAAUAGUUUCAUUAAUUUAGAAGACAAAACACUACAUUUGGGCCGUACUAUACUUACAGAAAUACCAAAUUUUGACUUGAUAAACGAUACUCCUUUUGAUGUUAUGCAUGUUAUUUACAUAGGGGUUGUGAAAAAACUUAUUUCGCUGUGGGUAGGGAGUCCAAAACAUAAUAAAUCGCUUCCUUCAAAUCUUAUAUCAGUAUUAGAUGACAAACUAAAUUUUCUUGGGAAAAAUAUACCAGUGGAAUUUCAACGAAAACCUAAUAAAAAUUCUAGAAUUCAUCCUUUGAGAGACGUGAGUCGAUGGAAAGCCACGGAACUACGACAAUGUUUGUUGUAUACUGGUUUGGUUGUUUUUAAAGAUAUUGUUAGCAAUGAUAUUUAUAAUAAUUUUCUUGAACUAUCAAUUGGUGUAAGAUUAAUAUUAUCUAAUAAUGUUAGUCAUGAGUAUAAUACUUAUGCAAAAAAUAUUCUUAAACAUUUUGUAAUUAUGUUUGGACAAAUUUAUGGAGCAUCAUAUAUAUCUCAUAAUAUACAUUCAGUAAUCCAUUUAGCAGAUGAUGCUAAACGGUAUAAUGGCUUAAAUAAAAUAUGUGCUUUUAUGUUUGAAAACCAUAUGCAACCUUUAAAAAAAGACAUUCGAUCUGGAAUGAGGCCUCUUCAACAACUAAGCCGUCGUUAUGAGGAAAAAAGAGUUUCUAAUGUUAUGAUAAGUUACAAACAAUAUCAAACACAAAUAGGCCCUAUAAAUUGCUAUUACUCAAAUAAGAAUAAACUCAGGCCAAUGGUUGGUAAUGCUAUAGAACCUCAGUAUACUGGUUGGCGCAUGAAGACAUUGAGCAUUAAAUUAAACGAAGCUGAUAAAUGUGUUAAAAUUUUAAACACAGGAGAAUUUGUUGUUAUUGAAAAUAUUGCAACAGACAGAACUGAUACAAGCAAAAUAUUAAUUGUUGGACGGCAUUAUGAAAAGAUGAUAGAUUUUUUUAUACAGCCAUGUAAAUCUUCGUUACUUGGAAUUUAUAAAGCUUCUAGUUUGGGCCCUUUAAAAACAUGGCCUUUAAAUAAUAUUUCUCAAAAAAUAGUCAGUUUGCCAUUAAAUGAUUAUGAAAAUUCAGUAUUGUUAAUACCAUUUUUACAUUAA